AUGAUGCUCCGAAGCCGUAAUGCCACCCGUGCCCUCAGGGCCGUGGCAAAAACAUCAGAUGUCGUCCGCUCUUUCACCACCUCUACCGCCGUGGCAGCCGUCCAAUCCUCCAAGAAGCUUCCCUCUGUCGUGAGGAAUCAGUCAACUACAGCAUCCUCACCAGCUCCAGAAGUCAGAAAUGCCCCGGCACCGAAUUUCAACAGAGAAAACGACCAGCGCAGCCAUGUUGAGCCCCUCGUCAACCCCCGUGCCCCCGAUAUGGACGAGUCGUUCAUUGGCAAGACUGGUGGUGAAAUCUUCCACGAGAUGAUGCUGAGGCACAAUGUUAAACACAUUUUUGGAUACCCCGGUGGAGCCAUUCUCCCCGUCUUCGAUGCCAUCUACAACUCUCCCCAUUUCGACUUCAUCCUACCUAAGCACGAGCAGGGUGCCGGCCACAUGGCCGAAGGAUACGCUCGGGCGUCUGGCCUGCCCGGCGUCGUCCUCGUCACCUCGGGUCCCGGCGCGACCAACGUCAUUACCCCCCUGCAGGACGCGCUGUCGGACGGGACGCCGAUGGUCGUCUUCUGCGGUCAGGUCGUCACCACCGCCAUCGGCAGCGAUGCCUUCCAGGAGGCCGACGUGAUCGGCAUCAGCCGGUCCUGCACCAAGUGGAACGUGAUGGUGAAGAACAUUGCUGAGCUUCCCCGCCGUAUCAACGAGGCCUUCGAGAUCGCCACGUCCGGCCGCCCGGGUCCUGUCCUCGUUGACCUCCCCAAGGACGUCACCGCCAGCGUCCUCCGCCGCGCCAUCCCCACCGACUCGGCUUUCCCGUCCCUGCCCAGCGCUGCCUCCCGCGCCGCCAUGGCUCUGACCAGGAGACAGCUCGACGCCUCGAUCAAGCGCGUGGCCGACCUCAUCAACGUGGCUAAGAAGCCCGUCAUCUACGCCGGCCAGGGCAUCGUCCUCUCCAAGGGAGGUCCCGCUGCCCUCAAGGCGCUCGCCGACAAGGCGUCCAUCCCCGUGACCACCACGCUCCAGGGUCUGGGCGGUUUCGACGAGUUGGACGAGAAGUCGCUGCACAUGCUCGGCAUGCACGGUUCCGCCUACGCCAACAUGUCGAUACAGGAGGCCGACCUCAUCAUCGCCCUGGGCGCCCGCUUCGACGACCGUGUCACUGGCAACAUUCCCAAGUUCGCGCCCGCUGCCAAGGCCGCCGCGGCCGAGGGCCGGGGGGGCAUCGUCCACUUCGAAAUCAUGCCCAAGAACAUCAACAAGGUGGUGGAGGCCACCGAGGCGGUCGAGGGCGACGUCACUGCCAACCUCGACGUCCUGAUCCCCCAGGUCCAGGCCAAGACGAUGGAGGACCGCAAGGCCUGGUUCAGCCAGAUCAACGAGUGGAAGGCGCGCUGGCCCAUGUCCGACUACGAGCGGUCCCAGCGGUCCGGGCUCAUCAAGCCGCAGGCCCUCAUCGAGGAGCUCAGCAACCUCACGGCCGACCGCAAGGACACCACCUUCAUCUCGACCGGCGUCGGCCAGCACCAGAUGUGGGCGGCGCAGCAUUUCCGCUGGCGCCACCCCCGCACCAUGAUCACGUCGGGCGGCCUCGGCACCAUGGGCUUCGGUCUGCCCGCGGCCAUCGGCGCCAAGGUGGCGCGGCCGGACGCGCUCGUCAUCGACAUCGACGGCGACGCCUCCUUCAACAUGACGCUCACCGAGCUCUCCACGGCGGCGCAGUUCGACAUCGGGGUCAAGGUCAUCGUGCUGAACAACGAGGAGCAGGGCAUGGUGACGCAGUGGCAGAACCUCUUCUACGAGGACCGCUACUCCCACACGCACCAGCGGAACCCGGACUUCAUGAAGCUCGCCGACGCCAUGGGCGUGCAGCACCGCCGCCUCGUCAAGCCGGACGAGACGACCGAGGCCCUCAAGUGGCUCAUCGAGUCCGAGGGCCCCGCCUUGCUCGAGGUCGUCACCGACAAGAAGGUGCCCGUCCUGCCCAUGGUCCCGGCCGGCCAUGGCCUGCACGAGUUCAUCUUCUGGGAUAGCGCGAAGGACAAGGCGAGACGCGAGCUGAUGAAGCAACGCACCUGCGGCCUGCACGGCUGA